AUGAGUGAAUUUGAGCUUCCAAAGGUGGAUUUGAGUGGUCUUGAUUUAACAUGUCUCCAUGAUAAGACAUGGGCUGAGGCUCGAGAAAAUAUAGCUCAUGCUCUAAAGAAAUUUGGAUGCUUUGAGGUUGUUUAUGAUCAGGUUGGGCCUGAGCUUCGAGGUGGACUCUUGGGGCAAGUUAUCCCAGAACUCUUCAAAGUACCGGACGUCGAAAAGUUGAUUAACCCCUCGCAGGUGCCUUAUCACGGUUUUCUUUUCCAGAAGGAAGGCUUUCCCUUUUUAAGUCUGAAAAUAUUUGAACUAAGCUCCAAAAAUAAUGUGCAAGACUUUUCCAAUAUGAUAUGGCCUCAAGGAAACGCAUUCUUCAGCAAUUUGGUUUGGAACUAUGCAAUUCAUAUGAAGGAGCUCUUACAAAUGAUCCAUAAGAUGGUUCUGGAGAUAUUAGGCUUAGAGGAUCAUUACAAUUCACAUAUUGAAUCAAUAGACUAUUCAAUGAGGUUUACGAAAUAUUAUAAUGAUUUAUCAGAAAAAGGAACCAAAAUCGUUAUGCCUUCUCAUAAAGAUCCAAACUAUAUAAGCAUUAUUGGCCAACACAAUAUUGGAGGGCUUGAAAUAGAAACUUCUAAUGGUGAAUGGAUUUCCACGACUCCAAUUAAGAACUCUUUUACUGUCUUACUUGGUGAAGCAUUUAUG